UGCUCGGUCCGGCUGUGUGUUCUCGCGACCUGCUGGACGUCACGCUCAACCAGUUCAUACGGACGACGACGUGCCGUGUGAGUUCUACCAAAGGCUGGAUGUCGGUGCAAUUGGCUCAAUGUUUUGACUCAUAUGUCUUUCCCCGAUGUCACCUAAGCUAAGCUUCUCCUUGCACCUCAACUCCAUUCCCACUCCCGUCUUUUCCUACCACUCAUUCCGCGCCACCCAGCCCAUACCUAACUCUCCUUGUCACUGUAGCCAAUAUACCAGGCUUCAAUUCAUGAGCGGAAGUGGUGACCCGAAGAUACGCUGGAAGUGAACUGUCCAAAUCCUAUCAUUUGAUAGUUGACAAUACCAAAACCUUGCCACCAGAUGACUUACCUAGAUUACCAUCCGAGAUGAUAACACCCUUAAAACACCGAAUGCUGGGGCAUUAAGAGGUGAUGAGCAAAUGUUGUAGCACGAACUACUCGAUUAUGGAGACAAACUUUCCG